GUAAAUGGAGCGAACUGUUGUUGCUCAACUCACCACUCCUGCCAUGGUCUGAGAGAAUUGAUUAAUUAGUAGUCAUCGAUAUGCCCAGAAAAAAGUGAGGUUGUUCCUCACAUGGCAGGGCAGUGGAAAAUAACUUACCCGACGAUUACAUGAAUGGAAUAAACUUAAGUCCUCGGCUUCAGCGGAACAGGUUAGAAUGGACACGAAGAAGAAACCCGUUAGCUAACUUAGCACGGUAGUCCGUUUCAAUGAAACUUUGAGCUAGCGGCGAGGUAACGUUCGUUAAUGUAUUUUUUUUUUUUUUUUAGUAUAUAUAUGUUUUAACAUUUUAGCAUUACAUUUUCUUUUACCAGUAGCCUAUUUAGCUAUCCUCCCACAACUAUUUUCAAAACAAAGAGGGGUGAAGGGUGAGCUGUAACCAUGGAGGCUGCAUUUCACCCUUUCUUCACCACAACUGGCCAGCUGCCCUGGUUGCUUCUGACUGUGUUUACAUCGUGGACAGCCUUUUGUUCUGCAGAUAUAAAGCAGACAAGAAGGCCAUUAUAUACCCAGAAGCCAGUUCUUCUUGCCUGGAAUGCCCCAACACAGGAGUGUGAACCACGACAUAGAGUAACCUUAUCUUUGAGCCAGUUUGACAUUGUAGCGACACCCAAUGAGGGCUUUGUGGGGCAAAACCUUACAAUCUUCUAUAAGGAACGUCUUGGGUUGUAUCCCUACUAUAAGCAUGAUGGCAGUGCGGUGAAUGGAGGCCUUCCACAACUUGUCAGCCUCAUUGAGCACUCAAAAAAAUGCCUGAAGGCCUUAAAAAAAUACAUAAAAGUGUCAGGGGCAAAAGGUUUGGCUGUUAUUGACUGGGAGGAGUGGCGUCCUAUAUGGGUCAGAAAUUGGGAUGCUAAACUUAUCUAUCGAAAUAAAUCCUGUGCAAUGAUAGCCAAAAAGAACCCUACAUGGACCUCAAAACAAGUGGAGAAAGUUGCAGAACAAGAAUUUGAGCUAUCGGCUCAAAGAUUCAUGCAGGAGACUUUGAAACUGGCCAAGAAUAUGAGGCCCAAUCAGCUGUGGGGCUUCUACCUGUUUCCAGAUUGUUACAACCAUGACUACAAGAAUGGUCUGCAAAACUACACAGGCCACUGUCCUCCUGUGGAGGUGGACCGCAAUAACCAUCUCAACUGGUUGUGGAUGGAAUGUACAGCACUUUUCCCGUCAGUAUACAUGGAACCUGUGCUGCGCUCAACAAGCCAAGGACGCCUUUUUGUCCGGAACAGGGUGAAGGAGGCAAUGCGCCUGGCAUCUGUUGGGGAUGGAUUAGCACGUCCUGUUUAUGUUUACACCCGACCCACCUAUAUCAGUCAAACAACUCUCCUAACUGAGACAGAUUUGGUCUCCACAAUCGGCGAGAGUGUUGCACUUGGAGCUGCAGGUGUAAUCUUCUGGGGCGACACCUCUCAUGCAAGCAGCAGUGCCAACUGCUCAACACUAAAUGAUUAUCUUAAGGGACCGCUGGGCCGGUACCUGCUCAAUGUGUCCACAGCAGCAGAGCACUGCAGUCGUGUGCUAUGUAAUUUCAGCGGUCGCUGUCUUCGCAGAAUAGCAGACAGUGAUAUAUAUCUGCAUCUCAGCCCUUCAAUACACAAGAUAACUAGUCAGAGUGGCCAGCUCAAGGUUACAGGAACGCUCAGCCAAACUGAGAAGACUUUUUUCCGCAAGCACUUCCAGUGCCAGUGCUACAGUGGGUACAGGGGUGAUAACUGUACUUCGAAAGAAAAAGAGCCCAAUAGAGCCUCCUCUGUAUUAGGGACUUGGCCUCUUUGCCUUUUACUUCCGCUCGGACUCCUUACUCUUCUGCAUUGAGGAAACGAAGACUAUUUACUGUUUCAGCGAGCCUAGAAGUGGACAGUUUAGACUUUUAUGGAUAAAUAUGGAAAUUAUAUUGAUGCAUUGACAGUACCAAGUAAUCUGAGACCUCCCCAAGCUGCAGGUUUUUGUCCUGGCAUGCAGACCAAUGGAACAUAAAUAUCUGUGGGUAGCAAGUUGCAGCAUGAGAUCUCUAAUUUUCAAACAAUGGGUUGAAAUUGUCCUACCACCAAGAUUACCUUGUAGAAAAUCAUAUCUAAAAUCAGUCUUUUCUCAAGGUAAUCACCAGAUAAAUGAAUGUUGAAUAGCUUUACAGGACCUUAAUGUAAAUGUUUCACCAUCUCCAUAGUGAAGAGAAGCCAAAGAUAUCUAUUUUUGAAAGCUUUUUUUAUGAUUGGUGUAACAUCAGAACAACAGCACAUGGCUUAAAGUGGAUAAAAGGGAACAGACGCACAUAUAUUUACAGGUUAUUGGUGCCUCACGGCAAAACAGACACUAUAUUAUAAUAGUAUUAUAUAGUAUGAAUAUCGAGCUCUUAAAUGUCUUAUAAAUGAAAUACAAGCCCGUCUUAAAUCUUUUGUAAUUUUUUGCUUAUAGAAACAUCAAGGCUGGACCUGCUCGUUUUCAGUUCAAUAUUGUGCCUUAAAAGGGCUACAACCGGCUCUCUUUUGCAGUUGCCUUUGUUUACAAGUCUUUAUGUCCUUGCUUUAUAUUGAUAUAAACUCCAUCAUGGCUAACAAUUUUAUUAUAACCAAACAGUGCAGACCAAAUACAUACAUGCUACAAGGUAUCCAUCAACUGUGAAAACAGGUCAUAAAACAUUAGGAAAUAUAUCACACUGGCAAUUUAAACACAACUUUACACUAUAACUGACUGUGGUUUACACAUUUGCCUAACAAGCCAAAUAGCCCCCCAGUUUGAUCCUGGGAAGACAAAACAGAUCCCUUUACGGUUUCAUCAGGAAGGGCAUCCAGUAAAAAAUA